AUGGAGAGGAUCAGGCGCGUAUCCCAGAAUCAAUCCCGAGAGGCCGCGCUCCUACCGCCCCAGUGGUUCCGAGGCACCCGCGGGGCGCACAGGACCGAGACCGCGGGCCCGCGCCCGGCUGCCCCGGCCGCGCCGCUCGCGCCCAAGGAGGCCGCCGGAGGCGCCAUGGCCGCCGACGAGGCCGCCGGCGCGGAGGAGCGGGCGCCGCUGCACCCGCCCGCCCCGAGCGGGGGGCGCUGGGCAGGGAGGCGGUUGGCGGCGGCCGGGGCGGUGGCGGCGGUCGCGCCGUUGCUGCUGGGCGCGGCCGCGCUGCUGCUCGCCUCCCCUGCGGCGGGGAGGGGAGCCCCAGCCGCUUUGGGCGCGCACAGCUCGGACAGCGCCACGGGGGGUCACCAGCCCCCCGCGCGGUCAGUGGACUGCAGUACGGCCGCGCGGGAGCCGGCGCCCGUGCAGGUCCCGGCCGCUGCGGGCGACGAGCAGGCGCGCGCCCCCGCCGAGGCCGCCUCGACGACCGAGCGCGUGGUGCCGCUGUCGGCCCUGGACCAGCAGUGCUUGGACACCUGUCAGGUCGACUGCGAGGGCCUGGCGUGCAUCGGCCCAGACACGGGCCUCCAGCGGGGCCCCUGCAGUGAGGGCAGGUGCGAGGGGUCGACCUGCCAUCCGGCAAGGUGCGAGCGGUGA